UUACGGUAAAAUUCCAUAGAUGCAACAUCUUGAGAUGCCUCUAGCAUCAAUUUCAAUUAAUCUAUUUAUAACAGGCGUUUCGAACAUAAUCACGCCCUCAUUUUCUACUUCAAACGCUUGAAACGUUGAAAUUCUUGAAGGACUCAUCGCAACGCUUAACAUUCUUAACGUAUGAGCGCAUAUUUCCCAGCUGCAGGCCACUGCAGUUCAUAUGAGAACAAAAAAUGUAUGACUAAAACAUCAUGCUAAUUAAUGAUGUAACGAUGCAGAACAAAACAACUGUACAAGCAUAAGUCAUUCGUCAUUCAAUAACUCAUUCAUUUGAUGAUUACAUGCUUUACACGCCGCACACGCCUAACGCCUUAAACAUUCAAGUAUGUGUAAUUGUGUUUAAUCCAGUGGUUUUUAUUUAUAACUCGCGCGAUUGAGUUCGCGUUAAAUUGAAGCGAUUCAAGCGUUGAGCCACACCUGCACAUCAUUUGCCUAACUCGCGCGUGCAUUAAACAUGGCCGACGCCACUCGAUCGGCGUUCGUUUGUUUGGUUUGUUUGUAAACAGACCAAACAAAACGCGGUCGCGGACGGUUACGUGAGUGCGUGAGAUUUACUCCCCAAAUACGUAAUAAUAUCGGCGAAUUAUUAAUAAGAUGGCUUGUUGCGGGUGUGCCGACGACGAGGAAAACGAGGAAGUGACCGAAAACGGUGUGCGAUCGUGCACGGACGUCUUCUGGCUUUUUCUAUACAUUGUGUUCUGGUCAUUAAUGUUAUUGGUAGCGGCGUUCAGCUUUGUCUACGGGAAUCCGAUUCGUAUUAUUAAUGGUUAUGACUCGUUUGGCAACACUUGUGGCACAAGACACAACAAGAAACUUGCAGAUUUGGAGUUGUCAGGCAUUGAUACAUCAGAUAAACCGUUUCUACUCUUUUAUGACAUUCAAAGUCUUAGGCAGAGUUUGAAAAUAUGUGUGAAUAAGUGCCCAGCUGAGAAUCUAAACAGAGUUGAAGAUAUUCACAAUUAUUACAGGCAGACAGGGCAGAAAAUCUGCAAGUAUGAUUUUAAUUAUCAAGAUUUUACAAAUCCAAGGAUUACGGACAAGAGAGGACUUUCUGGGACUUUUGGACCUUGUCCUGUUGUUCCUGUUUAUGCCAGUACACCUGUGCUCAAUCGUUGCGUUCCGAAGCCGAUCAACGAGCUCACACAGGGCGUUCUAAGCGAUUUUUACGGCCUAUUAAAUAGCUGGGACACUUUGGAGCAGAUUUUAGGCGAUUUGAUGAAUACGUGGAAGGAGAUUCUUGGACUCACGUUUUUAGCUCUAUUGUUAUCAUUAUUCACGAUAUCAAUAUUGCAUCUGCUCGCUGCGUUGGUUUCCUACAUAAUAAUGAUCCUUGUGAGUGUGGCCAGCAUCGCCGGCACUGCCUUCCUGUGGUAUACAUACGUGGACAUUCGCAAUAAUCUGGACAAAACCAACAAAGAAAUGCUGCUUUUGGAGUCGGUGCGCAACGAAACCGCCUUCUUUUGGUAUUCCAUCAUCGCCACAGUCAUCACCGUGAUAAUUUUAUUGUUAGUGGUAGUAAUGCGUAAGAAAGUUGAUUUUCUCGCGGAUUUAUUCAAAGAAACAUCCAAAUGCGUUGCACAUUUACCAGGAUUGUUUCUUCAGCCGUUGAUUACAUUCGCAUGGUUAUUGGCGUUUUUCGCGUUUUGGGUUUUUGUCAUUUUAUGUUUAGCAACAUCAUACUAUCCGGGAACAACUGGUAUUGCUACCACAACUGAUGCUACUGGUGUGAAAAUACCAGAACCAAAGCUUGGCAUUAUGGAUCGCAUUGAAAACUUAACUUUUUCGAAUCUUAACAAAAUGACAAUUGUGGAAUUUAUUGACCCCUCUUGGGUGAAAUACAUGUGGUGGCUCUACUUCAUCGGCCUAAUUUGGACAUCCGAGUUCAUUAUGGGUUGUCAAUCGAUGGUGAUUGCCGGUUCGGUAGCGCAUUGGUACUAUCGACACAAAUACAAGUCAAAUGAUCAUGUUAUCUACGCCAUUUGCAAACUUAUCAAAUAUCAUCUCGGUUCUGUUGCGAAGGGUUCUCUGCUGAUUACAAUAUUUAAAGUUCCAAGAUUGAUCAUGAUGUAUAUCCAACAAAAAUUAAAACGCAGCAAGGAUGAGGGCGGAGCAUGCGCGGAUUGUUGUCUGAAGGGUUGCAUAUGCUGUUUCUAUUGUUUGGAGAAAUUUAUACGGUACAUCAAUCACAACGCAUACACAGUUAUCGCUAUAGAUGGUGUCCACUUUUGUAAAGCAGCCAAAACUGCAUUUGAGGUUCUGGUAAGCCACAGUUUAGAAGUGGCGACUAUCAACAGUAUCGGUGAUUUUAUACUAUUCCUUGGCAAGUGUUUUGUCACAUGCACCACUGGCAUUGUGGGAUUGUACAUCUUCAGAUUGAAUACAAAACUCACCUUUUACGCGGCACCAACAUUAAUUGUGUGCAUUUUCGCUUUCUUCGUCGCACACUGCAUACUAUCCUUAUACGAAAUGGUGCUGGACACAGUGUACCUGUGUCAAUGUCAAAAUGGCGAUGGGCCAUCUGAAGUAAUGCAGAUGCACGCUAUCCAACAGGUAGCAGCAGGAGCUCCGACCAAUGGCAACACAGCGUCAGCAGCCGGUGAGGACGUCACAGAUGAGGGUGAUGAAAGCGACGUACAACGACAGGAGGUCGAACCCAUUAAGUAACUUAACCUUACUUAAACUCGCUUUAUUGAUCAAUUAAAGUCGCUUAAACUGCCACAAAGAAGAAAAAAGAAACGCAUAUUUAGUGCCUUGCUACGGAUUGCACAAGAAAUGCAAGAGAGAAAUAAUAAUUUAUAUGAUGCGAGGUAAGUUUUAAAACUUUUUUGAAUCCAAGAUUUUCUAAAUUUGCUCAUUUACUUACUUAAUGAAGCCAUCCAGUCAUAUAUUUUACGUAUAAUUUAGCCAUAAACACAGCCAAUAAGAUAUAAUCAGUAUUGUUAUGAAUAAUCAACCGCAUUUAUUAGUUUUAUUAUUACCAAUACGCGACAUAACCACUCAUAAUCUACAAAGUGUAUUUCGCACAAUGUCUUACUCGAAACGUACUCAAAUCUAACCUCAAAAGCGUUUAUAUUUUAAUAACCUGCAGGUUGUAACAAAAAAAGAUUUCUAUUUAUUCAUAUUAUGGAUGUUUUUAAAUGUUUAAUGUUUGAUAAAUGUCUAUGUAGUAUUUAUAAAUGUUUACAAUUUACAUUUACACUGAUAUUGUAGUCGGCCUAAACGCCUGGGACAAAUUAGUUUUACACAGAGUUUAUGCUUGUAGAGAUAAAGUUGCACGGACAACUUAGAUUGUAUAAUGAUGGAAAUAUCGUAAACAACUUGUAACAAUGUGUUUGUGUAGUAUUUAUUGUUAUUGUGGAAUUAUUUUUUCAAGGCCUUCUUUUUCACUUUGGUGACCACCUUGGUUGCUUUCUUCAUUGGUUUUAUUAUUUUUGUUGUCUUUGUUGGUUUGUCCAAAGAUUUCAUCUUUUUUAAUGUAUCCAUUACAUUUUUUAUGUUUAUUUUUGCUUCUUCCUCAGGGAUAUCUUCAUCCUCAUCAAUAUCAUCAUCAUCGUCGUUGUCUACAUCACUAGCUUCAUCAAAAUCAUUUUCAUCAUUCUCAAGUUCAUCACUAUCAUCACCAUUUUGAACACUUUCUUCUUCCUUUUUGCUUUUUCGUUCCAAUAACUUCCUAUUCCUCUCCAUUAACUUCUCCUUUUUCUCUUUUAACUUAUCUUCUUUAGCCUUUUGCACCUCUAACUCCUUUUGAAUAGCCUGUGCUCGUUCAUAUGCGUCUCCCUUAAAGAUGUCUUCCAAUGGUGUCACUUGGAAACUCUCCUUGGGUUUGGUCGCCUCUGCGUGUAGUUUCUGUUCUUGUCUGUUGACGUAUUUAUUCUUUGCGACCAAAUUAAUCUGUUUUCGAUGUCUAGAAGGACUCAAGUAGAAGGGAUUCUCCCAUAGCGCGGUACCUCCGAAACUUCCACUGAAAAUCUUCACAGGAUUCAAGACAAAUCUGGGCCCAACUUCAGCCAACGCGCCUUCAUCGUUGAGGAUUUGGAAGUUCCUGAACCAAAUGCGGUUGUCAAGCACGGUGAACGUGUAGACGUGAUCGAAGAAAGGUUGACUCUUUGGGUGAUGGUUAGGCACGCCAAAUAUUUGUGUCAGAAGUUCUUUGAGGAGUAAAUAGUGUGGUUUGUCGGCGAAUGUCGGGUCAAAACUUAGCAAUGGACGAGAACCGCGAAGGCAGUUUCCAGUCAGUUUCAGUUCAGCCAUGGUGUAAACUGGAAGAAGAAAUAUUUGUAUACAUCACAAACAGGUAUUUUAACCAAUAAUUUUCUAAUUAUUAAGGAGUUAAUUAAUUGUUUGAUAAUUUUACUUGAUACUUACUAUUUUCAACUAAGAAUUUCACACUUGGACCACUUGAUACAUUACUAAACCACAGAUAAAGGUCCUUCCGUUUGCGACCUUCAAACAGAAUUGCUUUGUUGCAAUGUUUGAUCUCACACAUUUCAUUAAUAACGGAUAACGUCUUGGAGCGCUCCAUUUUUGCCUCAGUUUUGUGAUGAGGCAUCAACUUUUUAAGAUCCUCCAUCAAAUGCCUGUCACGGAAACUAAUACCACGUGCAGCAAAAACCAAAACCCUUUGUUUAUUUGUCCAUUUCGCCUGUAAAAAUCAAUAUUAAUAAUACUUUUUUAAUGAUAAUUUCUAAUAGCAUACUUUUGUUGGAAUGAGAUCAUCGGACUUCCGUUUCGGUGGUAAUGCGACGACAUUUUCUUCCACAGCCGUUUCAACAAGCGCACGCUUUCGUUUUACUGCUUUUUUCACCAUUUUAUUAGUUUAAAUAAUUAUUUCUGAUACAAACACGAAACACGUGUGUUAUUUGUGUUUGAAAAUGUUUUGGGGUUAGUUUUGUGGUGCUCUGACCACAUAAGAGGGCGCUGUAUUAGAACUUGUGCUGUCAGGAAAGCAUAUCUGACACAUCUGACAGAUGACAGUUUCAGACAGUUGUUUUUGUUAUCAUUUUGCAACAAGCAAUUUAACUUAUUAAUACAAGUUACAAAAUCUAGAUAAUACUUUAACUAAUAAAAUGUUAACGUCUAUGGUAAAAGAACACCAUCAAAAACAAGUCGUACGCAAAGAAAUCCAAG